AUGUCACCAUUUCAUUAUGGUACACAUUAUUCAACAGAUGCAUUUACACUUGGUUGGCUUAUUCGACUUAAACCAUUCACAACAUUUUAUUUAAGUUUACAAGAAGGAAAAUUUGUUCAUGCUAGUCGAUUAUUUCAUUCAAUACCAUUAUCAUGGCAAAAUUGUCAACGUGAUUCAUCUGAUGCAUUAGAAUCUGAAUUUGUUUCAUGGCAUUUACAUUAUUGGAUUGAUUUAAUUUUUGGAUCUGAAGCUGUUCGUGCUGUUAAUCUUGAUUCAAUAACAAAUCCAAUAGAUCGUGCUGCUAUUGAAACACAAAUAAGAAAUUUUGGUCAAGCACCAGCACAACUUUUAACUGAACCACAUCCACCAAGAAAUUCAGCAAUGAAUUUAACUCCAAUGAUGUAUAAUGUUAAUAAACAUGAUUUUUCUAUAAAUAAAUAUCAUCCAAAUGCUAGUACACCAACACAAACUUAUUCUGAAUCAUCACAAACAUCAAUACACCAACAAAGACAAUUACCAUUAAGCAUGGAUUCAAUAUUAGUAUCAAAUAUAAAUUUAAAUCGUCGUCAUUUGGAUGAUAAUUUUGAUGAACGUAUUCAACAACGACAUCAAAGUUUUGUUGUUACUGCUGAUAAUCGUUAUAUAAUAUCAACUGGUUAUUGGGAUAAAAGUUUUCGUGUACAAAAUACUGAUAUAGCUAAAAUUACACAAGUACUCUAUGGUCAUUUUGAUAUUGUUACAUGUGUAUGUCGUUCAGAAGUAACUAUUGCUGGAAAUUGUUUUCUUGCAACUGGUUCACGUGAUUGUACAGUUUGUAUUUGGAUAUGGAAUGAUACAAAAGGUGCAAUAGUUGAUCGUGAAUAUCCAAAUCAAGGUUAUA